AUGCCGUACUUUGCCACCUCCCAGGCCUUCCUGGAGCAGUCCGCCCAGCUAUUAAAGGCAUACCCUGAUACGACCCGGAUAACAACAAAAUACCACUUCCCCACCGAAACACCAGGCGCCCGCUCCAAGCGCGCAAAGUCCCUCGCCCGCAAAGAAUCCUCCGCCGCACCCUCGACACAGUCUCAAGCUCAAGCACAGCCAUCCGCGCCCGUGGCCGCUCUCACUCUCAAAACAUACAACCCCACCGCCGGCAUCGUGCUCCAGUAUCAGACGAACAAGAUCGCCGAGGUCGGUCGGUUGAUGCUUGGCUUAGGAAAGUUGGCGAGUGGUGCGGAUCUGGAGAGUCUCGGUUUGUCGGCGGGAUCGGCGGCGGCGGCGGCGGCGGCGGGGGGCGAUGUGGAAAUGGUGGAUGCGCCGGUUGAGGAGGAUGCGGCUGGUGCUGGUGCUGGUGCUGGUGCUGGUGCGACUGCAACUGCAACUGCGGCGGGGGGAUCGAACGGGAAGGGUCAACAGCAAAGUCAAGGAGGGAAAGGCAAGAAGAAGGGUGGCAAGGGAAAGCGGUAG